GUUCUGGUAGAAGCAUUGUCCUGGUCUUUCGAUAACUGGAAAUGCAUCGACAAGCAUGUGCCCUAUGCGGAAGUCUUUAAACAUGUUUCAUCGAUCCUCAAGGAGUAUGGAUUUUGCCCUACUGGAGAUUCCUUGGACACUAUAAACCUCCGGCCUUAUGACUGCACAAAGUCAGGUGGAGAGUCAUGCAAAGUGCUUACAGAUGCAAACAAGGCAGUUACGGAAACGGCCAGUCUGGAGGCUACAGAGGAAAAGGUCACAACUGUUGGGAAUGACAGCCUCUCCCUUAUGGCACGGCAGAACACUCCACAAAGAAAGGCUGUGAGAAAUAAAGCAGGCGGAGGAUGGGAUCCCACGUAUACAAAGAGAAGUUUUUACCCUUAUUGGAGAUCAGUAUUACUAGCCCGGUUUCCUGUGAAGGUUUAUCCGGCCUAUGCAAUCUCAGAUCCUAGGUCUGGGCUUAAACCUGGACAACCCCGUGUCUGUCUGAGUAAAAAGUUAAUGCCCAAUGGAUCUAGUCCAACUCCAUACCGUAAACUUGGUCCUGUGCAAAGAAUCUCGCCACUUACAAGCAAUAAUCAAGCCAGAAGGUGCUUUGCCACUGCUGCUACUGGUGCAUUCAGGCUCUUGAAGAUGCUGAAGUAGAUUAGAAAGGUAUGCCAGGAGUUUCUUCUCCCUGUACCAAGUUUUUUUAAGCAGGCCCCACAUAAACACAUGGGAAGAAAGAAUUUUCGUGAUGCACCUUUAACUUAUAAGAUUAUGCGUUGAUAUUUCAUUAAGGAUUGGCGAUUUGCUUGAUAGGGUAUAUUCUAUCUGUUCUUUUCCCCGCUGUUGUAAGUUCAUAGUCUCCAGGUUUUUGUACUUCAGGGCCUACA